UAAAAGCCACAAUGCGCAGGCGUUCUAGCUCCCUCCUCCUCGCCCGGUUUUCUUAACACCUGACGCCUGCGCAGUAAGUUGCGUGGGUGGAUCGUUUCGGCCGAGUUAGUAACGGCGCUGCGCAGUCUGCGGGCGUUACUGUGCCACGCGCCGCCGGGUGGUUAUAUCGAGGCUCAGUUAGCUCUCAGGCCGGCAGCGCAGGUUUGCCUUGGUUCGCCGGACCCAAGGUCUGUGAGCGGCCACGAUGUCGAUCUUCACCCCCACCAACCAGAUCCGCCUGACCAAUGUGGCCGUAGUACGAAUGAAGCGAGCCGGGAAGCGCUUCGAAAUCGCCUGCUACAAAAACAAAGUCGUGGGCUGGCGGAGCGGCGUGGAAAAAGACCUUGAUGAAGUUCUUCAGACCCACUCAGUGUUUGUAAAUGUCUCUAAAGGUCAGGUUGCAAAGAAAGAAGAUCUCAUCAGUGCGUUUGGAACAGAUGACCAGACUGAAAUCUGUAAGCAGAUUUUAACUAAAGGAGAGGUUCAAGUGUCAGAUAAAGAACGGCACACACAGCUGGAGCAGAUGUUUAGGGACAUUGCAACUAUUGUGGCCGACAAAUGUGUGAACCCUGAAACAAAGAGACCGUACACCGUUAUCCUUAUCGAGAGAGCCAUGAAGGACAUCCACUAUUCGGUCAAACCCAACAAGAGUACAAAACAGCAGGCUUUGGAAGUGAUAAAGCAGUUAAAGGAGAAAAUGAAGAUAGAACGUGCUCACAUGAGACUUCGGUUCAUUCUUCCAGUGAAUGAAGGGAAGAAGCUGAAAGAAAAACUCAAGCCACUCAUCAAGGUUAUAGAAAGUGAAGACUAUGGUCAACAGUUAGAUAUUGUGUGUCUCAUCGACCCCGGCUGCUUCCGAGAAAUCGAUGAGCUCGUAAAAAAGGAGACAAAAGGCAAAGGCUCUUUGGAAGUACUCAGUUUGAAAGACGUGGAAGAAGGAGAUGAGAAAUUGGAGUGACAGUCACCAGUCUCUUCAGCUGUCAAACACUAAAGCGUUUGCGUUUCCCACAGCCCUGUUUUCUUUCUGUGAUCUGCCAAAUACUUGCUCAGAUGAGUUGACACUUUGCAUCUUUGUGGCAAACAUGUACACAAAAAGACUUUCCUACGUAAGUAUUAUAAUGUGGGAUUCAUUUAGUUUUAAUUAUCAAAUAGGGUUUUAGGCAAAAGUGAAAUACAGAGUCCAGAGUAGCAUUUUGUUACUGCCUCAUGCCUUUGAGCUUUCCAGGGUGAAAGUUAUUUGACACAACUCUUGUGGAUAAAAAAUAAGUUUUGUACAUUAUAAGAAAAUAACUUUGGGAGGAUAUAUCUGUAUGACAGAAAGGGAGGAUUUGCCAAAAAAGAAAAUGUGUAAUGUCUUAUUUCUACUUAAUGAAAUGUGUGUAUAGGGGUAACUGUCUCGUGACCUAAUACGAAGCUUGGAUGAUGACUUCUUGAUUUUCUGAAAAAUAGAUAGAUGAUGACUGUGCAGGACUUCAAUAAUGUUCAUCAAACAUGCUGCCAUAGCCUAGAUUAUUCUUGGUAAAAAAUACAGCCAUUUAUUCUAAUUCUUAAAGUUUAUAAUAUAUAUUACUAGAGUUGAAAAUAUACGUAAUCAAUAAAACCACUGUUUAUUUUUGUUAAACUAUGGCUUGUAUUUCUAGACAGCUUCCUACCUUUUUCUUUUCUCUGCCUCUUGUCUGGUAGGAUGGGAGAGUUCUUAGCAGUAUUAAACAAGUCAGGAGGAGGAGUGCUCAGAACAGGGCCUGUUCUGUUAAAUACCUGAUAAACCUUAGAGAUAUUAUUUGGGAUGUAAUUGAACUUGAGUGUUUUAGUAUUUGAACACUUAAAUAGACAAUGUGCAAGUUUUUUUAAAUCUACUUAUCCUCGAAAGAGAUAGUCUAGAAUACAAAGUAGGGUUUCCCUCAAAAUAAACAUACAGAUGUAUUUUUAUUUUUUAUUAUUAUUUUUUGUGUGUGUGAUACGCGGGCCUCCCACUGCUGCGGCCUCUCCCGUUGCAGAGCACAGGCUCCGGACGCGCAGGCUCAGUGGCCAUGGCUCACGGGCCCAGCCGCUCCGCGGCACGUGGGAUCCUCCCGGACCGGGGCACGAACCCGUGUCCCCUGCAUCGGCAGGCGGACUCUCAACCACCGCGCCACCAGGGAAGGCCCCAUACAGAUGUAUUUUAUGCACAGAAGUUUUUAAGUGAAAAAGAGUUCUUGACUUGAACAGUUCCUGAUUGGUUGAUUGAAGUCAAACAUUUUUCUCAUAGUGUUGGAAGAAAUAUUCUUAAGACACACUUUCUUUAACGGUGAUAUUAAACUACUGUUCAGAUACAGUCUUCAAGAUGACCCCCUCACUGAUUCCAUUUUACUUACAUAGUUUGUUGUUUUACAAAAAUUAUCUAAACUUGAAGUCCCAGGAAAUUAUUUUAACCAAUGAAGUUUACACUUUAUUUCUAGCUUAAACAGUUAAAGCAACGUUUCAGGUCGAAAGUCAUAAUUACUAAAAAUGUUCAAGAGCUGCAUCUUGAAUAGAAAAAAGAUAAAUGUUACCAUAACAUUGCCUUAAGUUUUUUCCCAUUCUCAUACUCAUUUCUUCUAAAAAGCUGGAACUUCAAGAAUUGUCAAAUGUAAAUCAGAGUCAUGUUUCUGAACCUAUAAAAAAUAAAAAAUUUUCUACCUUAUAUUAAUCUCAUUAUUCAGAAGUAGUUAAAAAGUUUGGUUCAUGAUUAUCUUCCCAGUAGCACUGCUAUAAUGGAUUACCUUAAGGAUUAUCGGUUUAUUUUGCUUUUUCAACGCAAGCUUUAUUGUGUGCAUUUGGCCAGAAUGACGUCUCAGAAUUAAACCUCUCUGUUAGCAGAGCUCUUUCUUUGAAGUUUCCCUUGUACCCAUACGCAACUAUUUGUCCCAGCUUAUGUAGCCUCAUACCACUUGGAAAUUCCCUGGUUGACCUUGAUUUUUGCCCUACGCUGUGUUAUAGAGAGCUGCUUAAACACCUUCCUGGCACGCUAGAUUGUGAGCAGCUCAAGGGCAGGAGGUUAGCCAGCUAUGUGUAUCCCUCCAUGGUUUGGACCUGGUAGUUGUGGAAUAAGUGUCUGUGGAGUUAUAAGCAUCCUCUCUCGGUGGGGGUCCAUGCCAUCAGAAGUGAGGACAGGUAAUGACUUUUUCAAAUCCAUCUUUAAAGCUUGACUGAGUUUUUGUCAGCUAAGCCAGAGCCUCCCACCGUUCAUACCCAUGCAUGCUGCUGUGCCGCUGGUGGUUUGUGUCUGCACAGAUCCCCUCAGUCCUGAGGGCUUUUAUCUCUGCCUGCAAGCAGCCACUCACAUUUACCCCAGGGUGUCAUACGCACAUAUUCUGUGGGGCUGUGAUAGGGGAAAUUGGGUAGCAGCACUCAUUAUUGUAAACAGUAGCCACACACAUGAUUUUAACCUGCAUGCUACCCUUAAGCCCACAUCAUGAGGUCCCUAUGAUUUUGGUAGUAGUGCAUUUCCUUAUUUAGAAUUUUUUGUGUACUUGCUCUUAAAUUACUGAAAUUUCAAGGUAUUGAUUAUUUGAAAAUACAUUUCUGCUGCAGCAUAUUAGAGGUGAUCGUGGAUAAAUAGUUUGCCACUAACAGCAUUUAAUGUCUGGGAUGAUGAAGGCCAUUGAUUUUCAUCUCCACAUGUAUAUUAAUGGUACCUACAAAAUUAACGAGUCUAAAUGUAAUUUUAUAGCAGCAACAGUUCUUCUGAGCUAAAAGUAUAGUCCUGACCUAACAGUUUUACAACACUCUGAGCACGUGUACUUGAAUGGCCCAGGGCCCCCUUCCAAACACCCCAGAGGAAGAGUCACCAGUUUCACCAAAUUCCUACAUAUUUUUGGUUGGUAGAGAAUGGAGAUAAAUGGGUUGUGGAAUUGAAAAGAACAGAGUCAUUUUUACUGCAGAGAGGAACAGAGCUGUCUUCUACACUCAGUGCUAUUCAUAUCUUAGGAGAUUUUUCCAUCUGGUGAUACACUCGAAUGCCAAAAGUUUCUUGAGUGGCACUCUUCCUGUGGCAGACGAGCAUAGUUGGCAUACUUUUCAAGGAAAAAGGGCCACAAGCUUAUUUAUUACUGUCGUGCAGAGGUAGGAUCAAGACUAGGAAUCUUGCAUGUAAUCAAGGUAAAAUAGUUUGUGGUUUUACAGUUAAAACUUUGCAGAUUAUAGAAAGAUUUUGGACAUACAUUGGCAUGACAAAAGGGAAUAAAGAAAGCAUUUCUUAGUGAAAUUUGUAUAAAGAGAUAAUUGUGUAAAACUUGAAUGAUAACCGCCUGAUUUUCUCAGAGAUAUGGUGAUAGUUCAGGUGUUCAAUAAUUGUGUUGAACAUGCUGCCAUAAUUAAGAUUUCAUAAUAGUGUAGAAUAUUAUUUUUUAAAGGGCUCGUCAUCACUGCAUUUGGGAUUUUUCUUUUGAGUAAAAAACAGUUAAAAGGGGCUUCCCUGGUGAUGCAGUGGUUAAGAAUCCACCUGCCAAUGCAGGGAACACGGGUUCGAGCCCUAGUCCGGGAAGAUCCCACAUGCUGCAGAGCAACUAAGCCCGUGCGCCACAACUACUGAGCCUGCGCUCUAGAGCCCGCGAGCCACAACUACUGAGCCCGUGUGCCACAACUACUGACCCUGCACUCUAGAGCCCACGAGCCACAACUACUGAAGCCCUCGUGCCUAGGGCCCGUGCUCUGCAACAAGAGAAGCCACUGCAAUGAGAAGCCUGUGCACCGCAACAAAGAGUAGCCCCUGCUCGCCGCAACUAGAGAAAGCCCGCGCGCAGCAACAAAGACCCAAUGCAGCCAAAAAUAAUAAAAACAAAUAAAUAAAAUAAAGGAAACUUAGAUUUUUAAAUAAUAAUAAAAUAAAAAUGGACAAGGAAAGCAGAACGAGUGGCUCAGAGAGAAGUAAGGAUGGGAGAAGGGGCAGGAGAGAUUUGAAGCGGGAUACUCCGCCCACUAUUGCUGGCGUCGAAGAUGGAGGAACGGAACCACGACCCAAACAACGCAGGCAGCUUCCAGAAGCUGGGAAGGACCCUCAGCUGACAGGCAUCAAGGAAAUGGGGACCUGAAAGGAACUAAAUUCUACCAACAGCCUGAGAUAGUGAGGAAAUGGAUUCUCGCCUAAGAGCUCCCAGGACGGACACAGCCGACCCCGUGAUUUUAGUCCAGUUAGAUCUGAACCCGGCUUCCGACAUACAGAACCGUAAGGUAACAAGUUUGUGUAUUUUAAACUGCUAAGUUUGUGCUAAUGUGUUACAAAAGAAGUAGAAACUGUAGAUUAUGGAUGUUUCAAUAUGAUGAGCAAAAAAUGGGUGAUUCACUCAAAGACAGCUGUAUAAUUGGCUAUCUAAUAGAGCCAAACUCCUACAUCAUAACAUAAAGAAAAUUAAUUUUACAUGAAUUAUAGAGCUAAGUGUAAAAAUAAAGGCAUGAGAAAAUAUAGACAAUAAAGUGUUCAAAAAUAUAGGAAAAUAUUUUACCCUAAGAGUAAAAGAGGCUUUCUUAAGGAAAAUAGAAACCUGGAAAUUAUAAAGGAAAAUACUAAAGGAUUUAACAACCCAAAAAAGUGAAAUUUCCGAAUGACAAAAGAUACUUCAAGAAAGUUCAGAGAAAAUAUGAUUGAAAGAAAAUACAUGGAACAUUUAAGUCAGGUGGAAUGCCAGCAAGUCAGGACAAACCAAUAAAAUAGUCUUAUGCUCAGCCCCAAGCACUAGAAAUAAAUGCAAAAUAAGAUGGUCACCUUCUCUCAGAGAAAUGCAAAAUAAUGAAAAAUAAUUUUCUAUCCAUCAUAUUGAGGAAAAGUUAAAAAAUUCUGAUACUGGCAAGGAUGGGGGCGGAGGGACCACCACUUUCACACAUUUACUGAUGGAAGUAUAAAUUGCUACAGACAUUUAGGAAAAUAACCUGGUGGUAUCUUUAAAAUUUUAAAUAUGUAUACCUUACAUUUAGGUAUCUAUCCUCCAGAAAUAAAUGUAUCUAAAUUCUAAGGAUAUACAUACAGAGAUGUUUUCUGCUUUGGAAGACCUGAAAAUAACCAUCCGUAACACGUAAGUAUUAAUAAAUUGCAAUACUUCCUUAUUGUGAAGAAUUAGGUAGUUUUUACAAAUGAGACGUACCCACCUGUGUGUCCUAUAGAGACCUAUAAUAUUACAUAACGUCCAAGAUAAUAAAAGUGGAGGCGGGGGGAAGGGUUGGAGGAAGGGAAACACAUUAUAGAACAAUGUAUUACAGUUUAAUCCCAUUCUUUUACCUCUUUUGGAGGUGUAGGGGAGGAAGACUUUUUCUUCUGGGUUCUUUAGCUGGUUGGAUCAUUAAACUGACACAAGGCAGAUUAACAGGAGAAAAACAGAUUUCAUUUCAUAUACGUGGGAACUCAUACAAAAAUAUGAGACUCAAAGUAAGUGACCAAAGCAGGCAGCUUUAUACCUUUUAGACAAGGAAACAAUAAAUUUGUGAAGAAUUGACAAGACAAAGGUGUUUGGGCUUGGGGUAGCAAAUUAGUGAAGUAACAAGGUUUGUUUAUACAGCCUUCGGGGCCCUGAAUUCCCUGUCUCUGGUGAUAAGGAGGCCUUCCGCCCUUCUGGUACAGAAAGGACACCUUUCACAUGAGAGAUUUAUUUCCUACUUUCAGGGGAACAAAAGAAGUCAGAGUGUCCUUGCACUGACCGUUUCUUAACUAUAAUCCAAAAUAAUCAAUAUGCCCAAGUGGCAUAUUUUGGGGUGCAAGUUUUCAAAGAAUAAGAAAAUACUAAUUUUAAGCUGUUGUGUAUUGAAUACUAGUGGACCCAAAUUUUAAGGAAAUUAAAUAAUCAAAACAUUCAAUUUAAAAUAGAAAUAAAUUGGCAAGGGAUAGCGCUUCAUGGAAUAAAAUGAUUCGCCACAGAAGAAUUUUUUUUUUAAAUAAGCUUUUCGGUUACAUUUAAAGUGACAUUAAAUCUUUAGUCUCAUCAAUGUUCAUUUUCAAGGAUCUCUUCUGCCCUGACCUUUGGACACGGUGGGAGACUUCCAUGGUUCUGGGAACCUGAGGUCUUAAACUCUGUCCCUUGUGUGACCAGGACCUUAGCAGGUGACCCUGGCCCUACAAAGCAAGUUGCAAGAGCAAAAAGCCCAGGAAAGAGUGCAGAUGGGUUGCUCCACGAUAAGGUCCUGCACCUACUUCAGGUGCUAGGAGGCGUGGAUGAUGUAACGUUACUUAGGUCAGCUGGCAGGGAAGCCAGGGGAGAAUUUCAAACAAAAAUCAAGCAGAGCCAGGGAAUGGUGGAAGGCUACCAGUGAAGACAGAAGAUAGGAGACUGGAGCAGAGCAGCUACUUCUCACCGCAGUUCACCUCCCCCCAGGGCAAACAAUGUGUGUUGGCCCUGACAUUUCUUCACGUACUUCUCCUCCAAGGCUGAGUCCAGCCCAGGGAUUCAGUGCCAAUGAAACAACUUCCCCAUUUUUUUUGUCCUUCAGUCUCAUGGCAUGGAUCUCAGAUUUAAACUCUUUUAAUCAGUCUUUGAACGUUUUGCUUUUCUCCAAAUAGUCUAGCCUACUGUAAACCACAGAAGGGCAAACGAGCAGGGCAGCCUACUCGUUUUUGGAGCAACCCAUUUUAUAUCAUUUUCCAUUUUCCAUCAUGGCUCAGCUUAGGUGUAUGUAUAUCAUUGAGAUACAAGUUUUUCCAAGAAAAAGUACCCUUACUACAUGCAGUGUCUAAUAUGCUCCAUUAUUUUCUAUUCUACUACUUUUCUUUUUUCUUUUUUUAUCAUUCUUCAUGCCCGCCAUGACCUGCAGUAUGAAAAACAUUGUUCUGUGUGUCAUCAUCCCAGAUCACAAAGUCGUUUGGGAAGGAUUAUGGUUUUUCCAUUGUUCUUUUGCUUCAGAAGCUAAGGAUCCUUCCCUCCCGCCAUCUGAUUGACACAGAGGGAGACCUGGAGUCCUCGGCUACACACCUGGACCCUCACUCCAGCUGUGCUCCAGGACUCAAAUCCAGGCCCUUUUACACCAGACCUACUCAACAAUCAAACCACGUGGUUAGUGUUCAUGACCCUUCCUGCCUUGAGUCCCAAGACAUCAGAGGACAACUCCUAACAGGUCCACUGAUGACCAAUGACUUGCAAAGCUCUGCCUGUCUUUCAGUCUCCAAAGAGAGGCUCUUCAGGUCUGUAUUUCCCAAAUCCACCUUCAUAGAUCCCUUUUCAAAUGAAAAGUCUUCACCAUCAUUUGGGGUUGAAACCUGUUGAGUUUUUGUACAAGGACUGAAAAAGAUAAAGAACGACAGCAAAAAAAAAAAAGAA